AUGGUGGAACUUGCUUUAAUAUGUUUGACACCUUCAGAUGCGAAUGCCCUUCAAACUGGGAAGGUCCAACUUGUACCCUCGAUGUCAAUGAAUGUUCAAAAUAUGUUGGAACUGAUCUUGGAUGUCAAAAUGGUGCGACAUGUAUCAACACACCGGGAUCAUAUCAGCAAAUGUGCUUGUACUGAACCAUGGAAAGGACAAAAUUGUAACAGAAAAAAUGUUGAUUGUUUGCAAGUCCCACAAAGUGAGAUUUGUGGACAUGGUACGUGUGUUCAAACGAAAUCUAAACUCGGUUUCACUUGCAUUUGUGAACAAGGAUGGAGAAUGAAUAAUGAAACUCAAGCUUGCACUUAUGAUGUUAACGAAUGUACUGAGAUGAGACCACAUUGUUCUGUUGAUCCCUUGGUUGUUUGUAUUAACACACCUGGUUCGUUUGUGUGUGGACCUUGUCCGGCAGGUUUCACUGGAAAUGGUUUUGCUUGUACAGACAUUAACGAAUGUGAGCUAAACAACGGAGGCUGCAGUGUUUCACCUAAAGUUGAAUGCAUCAAUUCAAGGGGCUCAUAUCGUUGUGGUAGUUGCCCAUUUGGGUAUGAUGGCGAUGGAAUUUCGUGCAUACCAACUGCUUUACGCCCUAACCAGCAAUGCUCCGAUAACAGUAUCUGUAAUGUUAACGCCCAGUGUAUUCAAUAUCCAAACAGCCCACCCAUGUGCAUAUGCAAACUUGGGUAUAUUGGAAAUGGUUUUGGACCCAAUGGAUGUACUUUGACUACAAUAGAUCCUUGUUCAGUUCUAAGAUGUAAGAAUGGAGGAACAUGCGAGAAUAAUGGAACAACAGUUCGCUGCAAAUGCCCUCCAGGGACAAGUCAACCACUUUGUGAUCGUACUUACGAUGCUUGUGACUCAAGUCCAUGCAUGAACGGUGGCAAUUGCACAUCGAGAUUUGGAAGACGAUUUUUAUGUGCUUGCCCGAAAGGCUUCGUCGGAAACAGAUGUCAAAAUCAAUUAAGAAGAUGUGGGGGUGUGAGAAAUGAAGAAAACGGAACACUUCGCUAUCCAGAAGAAGAAAGUACUUUUUAUAAUCACAAUUCAAGAUGUGCUUGGCUUAUCAAGACAAAUCACACAAAAGUCUUAAAUGUUACAUUCAAAACAUUUAAUAUUGAACCAUCAGCAGAUUGUCGAUUCGAUUGGUUGCAAAUUCAUGAUGGUCGUUCAUCUUCAUCUUAUAUGGUUGGGAGAUUUUGUGGAAAUCAAUUGCCAAAAGGCGGAAACAUCAUUUCAACACACAAUCAACUUUAUCUUUGGUUCCGAUCUGAUAAUAGUACAGCACAUGAAGGGUUUGAAUUAUCAUGGACAUCAAUUGAUCCUGAGUGUGGGGGCGAGUUGAACAUAUCAACACAUGGAACAAUUUCUAGCCCUGGAGCACCAGGGAAUUAUCCAAUAAACCGUGACUGCGAAUGGUUUUUAACAGCACCACCUGGAAAGCGCAUCCAAUUUUUAUUCUACACGAUGAUGAUUGAAGCUCAUGAAAACUGUGGUUAUGACUUUGUUGAAAUUCACAGCGGCUUGGGAUCUGAAACACCAAGCUUGGGGAAGUUUUGCAACACAACAAACCCAGCACCAAUUCUCACGCCAAGCAAUACGGCAACAAUUCGUUUUCAUUCUGAUGGUGAUUCCAACGAUGCUGGCUUUCAAAUUGCUUUCUCUGUUGUCGCAGGUUUGCCAGGCUGUGGUGGAACAUACACAAGUCCGAAAGGCGACGUCAUGUCUCCAACAUCUAUUGCCGAUGGCAUGUAUAAGCACAAUGUUGUCUGUGAUUAUGUUAUUCAAGUUCCUAUUGAUUCUCGUGUUCGUGUUGAAUUUAAAAAGUUUUCUCUUGAAGACAGCACAUCAUGUAAAUUCGAUAAAGUUGAGGGAAGUGUAUACGAUGAAGAAAAGUUAAUUGGACGUUAUUGUGGCAAAACAAUGCCACCUCUAAUUACAUCACAAACAAAUGUAUUGACGGUGAAAUUCACAUCUGAUUGGUCAUCAAAUGACGAAGGUUUUGCAUUUGAAUAUCAGUUGGUUUGUGGAGGUGUUUUUACUUCCGAUAGUGGUAACAUUUCCAGUCCUAAUUAUCCAAUGCCAUAUGCUGGUGAAAGAAACUGCGAAUAUGAUCUCGUAGCUCCACAGGGGAAAAUAAUUUUGCUAAACAUUCUCGACUUAGAUAUCGAGCAACAUUCGGUAUGUGAGUUUGAUAAUCUUGAAAUUUAUGACGGAUUUAAAGCAGACAACGCAACAAGUUUAGGACGUUUCUGUGGUCAAAUAAAGCCAGGUUCUUUCACAUCUACCUUCAAUCACAUGCAUAUCCAUUUCUCAUCUGACUCUUCAAUAAAUGGCCGUGGCUUUGCAGCCCAAUAUUCGUUUAUGGAUGUUGAGUGUGGUGGAAUCAUAAAAAAUUCAAGUGAAAUCAUCAAAUCACCAAUGGAUGCUGACGACGAUGGAGUUUAUAAAUCCAAUGCAGAUUGUCGUUGGCUUGUGCAUGCCCCAUUGGGUCAUGUUAUUCAAAUGAAUUUUUUGAACUUUGAUUUGGAACAAGACUCAAUGUGUAAAUAUGAUUUCGUCACAAUUUAUAAUAAUGGUUCAGAUAGAGUAGAUCAAAUGGGACCAUUCUGUGGAAGUAACGUGCCAAAAGUUAUCACAACCACAAGCAAUGUCGCAACAAUUUAUUUUCAUACUGAUUCGUCAACUGCUAAAGAUGGCUUCACGAUAAGUUUGUCGUUUAUUGAAAGUAAUAAAUUGUGUGGCGCCAAUUAUUUCUCAUCGCAAGGUGUUAUCAAUAGUCCGGGAAAACCGGAAUAUUUGUCAAAUAAGGAAUGUGAAUGGACAAUUAUCGUUCCCAAUGGACAACAAAUUGAAUUGAUAUUCAACUAUUUGGAUAUCGAAUCUCACGCAACAUGUCGUUUUGAUGGACUGGAAAUAAGAAACGGCGCUAAUGUUUUUGCACCUUUAAUUGGAAAAUUUUGUGGAUCAGAAGUUCCAGCACCAAUCAGAUCAUUUGGUCAUGAAUUAUAUUUGAAAUUCUAUUCUGAUUCAUCACGGAGUGGUAAAGGAUUUGAAAUUGAAUGGGAUGGAACAUCAGGUGGAUGUGGUGGACAAAUAUCAUCGACCAAAGGUUCAAUUUCAAGUCCAGGUUAUCCGAAAUCUUAUGCACACAACGCGCAAUGUGAAUGGCGAAUAUCUGUUAAUGAAGGAUCAAUGAUUGAAAUUAUUUUCACUGAUCUCGACUUGGAAACUGAAAGUGACUGUAAAUAUGAUUAUGUUGAAAUAUUUGAUGGUGCAGAUGCGAGUACAAAAAGUGCAGGGAAAUUCUGCUCAAGUGAAAAUCAUCCAAUGCACUUGCAAAUGUCAUCAAAUCAUGCAUUGAUUAGAAUGAGCUCAGACGAUUCGCAUAGUGGACGAGGAUUCUUCUUAAAAUAUUCUGCUCUGUGCAAUCGAACGAUUCAAAUGGACUCGGGUAUCCUGGAAUCACCUCACUUUCCAAAUGAUUAUCCAAGUAACAUUGACUGUGCAUGGACGAUCGUUGUUUCAAAAGGAAACAAAAUAAACUUACAAUUUUCUCAUUUUUAUCUUGAAAAUGACAAUCAAUAUCUCAAUGACACAAAUGAACAUGUUUGUGCGUAUGAUUAUUUGGAAAUAUUUGAACUUGAUUAUGAAACGAAGAGCGAGAAAAGUCAAAAAUUGAAGUAUUGUAACAAAGCUCCAGAAAGUCGUACAACUACAACCGAUGCUGUUGUUAUCAUUUUUCAUACUGACGCAUCUGCUACUGGAACAGGAUUUAGAAUGGAAUGGACUAAUGAAGGUUGUGGUGGAAAGCUUUAUCAUCCAGAAGGAGCUAUUUUGUCUCCAAAUUAUCCGAAGAAAUAUAGCCAUGAGAUGGUUUGUCUGUGGGAAAUAACUGCUGAUUAUGGACAUAAUAUUGAGUUGACAGUCAACGACAUUGAUAUGGAACAAUCGGAUGCAUGUGAAUUUGAUUAUCUCAAGGUUUCAAAUGAACCAACUUUUAAUCAUACAAUUAUGAAAUUGUGCAAGAGUCAACAUCAACCAACAAAAAUAACAUCAGAUGGUCAUAAAAUGUACAUCACAUUUGUCUCAGAUGAAUCGCAUAAUUCCAAAGGCUUCGAUUUAUCAUAUAAAACUGUGAUCGCGAAAUGUGGUGGAUCUUUUGUUGGUACAAGUGGAACAAUUGCAACUCCAAAAUAUCCCACUGAAAAUUACGAGAAUAAUCAGAUUUGUGAGUGGAAUAUAAAAACCGAUCCAUCGCAUUCAAUUUUAUUCCAAUUUACUGACUUUGAUUUAGAAUCGAGUACUAAUUGUACAAAAGAUUAUGUUGAAAUUUAUGAUCCAAUUUUUAACAGCACUUUAUGGAAAGGAUGUGGCAAUCAAAUGCCUAAUCAAACAAGUUUCAGAUCGAAACGAAACGAAUUAAAUGUGAGACUUGUUUCUGAUGAUGAAAUCACAGCGAAAGGAUUCAAAGGAAACUUCACAAACAGUUGUGGUGGUCGAAUAGUUACUAACGAUACUGGUGAAUUCAUCUAUCGAAGGAAUAAUGAGAACAACGAUUGUUUAUGGACCAUUGUAUCAGAAGAUCUUUCAAAAAAAGUUGUGCUAACGUUUACUUACCUAAAAGUUUUUGAUUUUGAAGUUGCGGAUAACUGUCAGUCAAAGGUUGAAGUUUUUGAGGGUGAAUCAGAUCAAGGCAAUCUUAAGACAUUCUUCUGUGGUCCAAAAGUCCCACCAGCAAUCUUCAGUUAUGGCAAUGCAUUAACUAUUAAAUUAAAUUCAAGCACGGUGAAUUCUUUUAUGGAAUUUGAUAUUCAUUAUACAGUCCUCGAUAAUGCAUGUGGUGGUACAUACACAACAAGUAUGUCUGGUGAAUUUUCUUCACCAAAUUAUCCUGACUCUUCACCUUUGGGUAAUUACUGCAUCUGGUGGAUUUUGGCAAGUCAAGGAAACAAAUUAUCAUUGACAAUAAAGGACAUCAACAUUGCAUCAUCUCCCAACUGUAAUGAAAACUACUUGGAAAUAAGAAAGGUUGAUGGAGGUGGUCCAUUAGUUGGAGUUUAUUGUGGCGAUGAAAUUCCGGCAAACCUCGGAGAUUCUCAAAAUUAUUGGAUCAAAUAUCAAACAGGUCAAUCGUCAACAAGCAAAGGUUUUCUCGCUGAAUUCUUUUACAUAAAAAAUUCUGAUUUAAGUGGACAGUCAGGAGUAAUUGAAUCACCAUUUUAUCCCAAAUUUGUGUCAGCAUAUCAUGAAUUUAGUUACCGAAUAACAGUUUCUUCAGGUUUUGCAAUUCGAUUGGAAUUUCCAAUUUUUUACAUGGAAGAAGAAGAUGAAAGUGAUUGCAAUUCUUACUUAAUCAUUUACAAUGGAUAUGACGAUACAGCACCUUACCUGAAAGAUGCAUUUUGCUCACAAAAUGCAGAAUCAAUUACAAGUGAAACGAAUACUGUUUUCAUCAAAUUCGUAAACAGUUAUGUGUCGAAGUCAAAGUUUCAAAUAGCAUGGCAGGAAGUGGAAAUGCUUACAACAUCUCUUGAAGAAGAAGACAGCGAGUGUGGCGAUCAUGUGAUAGCAUUAAGAAAUAUUUCUGAAAAGUUAAACAUUUCAUCACCUGGUUAUCCUUAUGGAUAUGCUUCUGGUUUGAUAUGUCAUUGGACGAUCAUGUCUUUAGAUCAAUCGUUUCAUCCUUAUAUUGUGUUCAAAGACGUCAAUUUGGAAGAUUCGACGGACUGCAUCUCUGAUUACGUAUCCAUUGCUGUUGAUAGAGAUGAUCGAACAUGGAAGGAAAUUGCAAAAAUAUGCGAUGUUGACACUCGAAAUAGAAAAUGGUUCGAAGGAACUCCAAACUUAAAUAUUACUUUCAAAAGUGAUUACGGGUUAAACAAGACAGGUUUUUAUGCUCUGGCAGGACUUAAAUGUGGUGGAAGGAUGACCAACUCUGAAGGUCUCAUCGAUAUGAACAACACAAUAAAUUAUAUGAGUGACUAUUAUGAUUGUGCAUGGAACAUCACAGUAGGACGAGGGAAAACAAUCCAAUUUGAGUUUCUCCUAUUAAAUAUUACGAAUAAGACAGAAGGUUGCGAAAGUUAUGUUUCGAUACAUAAUGGAAUUGAUUUUGCUUCACCUCUUCUUGGAGAUGGAACAUUCUGUGGAGAAGGAAGACCAGAAAUUCCAGCGACAAGUAGCAAUCGAGCUUAUGUUAAGUUCAAAAAUACGAUGUACAAAAAUAGAUUCAUAUUGCGUUAUUAUGAGAUUCAACAUAAGUGCGGAGGUGAGAUUCGGCUUACUGCAACUAAAAGUUCAGCAAUUAUUUCAUCACCAAAUUAUCCAAACAUCCCUCCGCCGCACAUCGAAUGUACUUGGACGGUUUUUGCACCAAUUGGUGAAACAGUAAAACUUGACUUUGUGCAAAGAUUUGAUUUGACCUACACGAGAGAUUGCACAAAAGAAUAUGUCGAGUUACGAGAUGGAUCCACAGUUACAUCACGUUGGAUUGGAACAUUUUGCAGCGAAAUGCCAACUACGCAAUAUUCAAAAUCGAAUGUUUUAUUCGUCAAGUUCUUCACCGAUGUUAUUGAGCCUAAAAACGGAUUCAAAGCAAAUGUCUCGAUAGGAACAUGUGGUGGAUCGAAAAGACAAAAAAUGGGAUACUUGACUUCGCCAAAAUAUCCAGGACUUGGAGCUUAUCCAAGCAACGCUCAAUGUGAAUAUCGUUUUAUGUUUGCUUCGAGAAACAUUUAUAAUAUUACAAUUUUGGACAUGGAUCUUCCAUUGCCAAAUAGAACAGAAUGCGAUCGUACUCAAGAUCACAUAACAAUUUAUUCGAUCAUUCCAAAUUUUAAUGGAAGUCAAACUGAAAACUUGUUUGAAGAAGGCACUUAUUGUGGUGAUACGCAUCAAUCAAUUCUCAGCACUUCAUUUUAUAUUAUGAUCAAAUUCAAAACUUUCAAGAAGACACGCAAUCUUUAUAAAGGCUUUAAAUUGUUUUUCAACUCAACGAAUAGUGCUUGUGGCGGAGAUAUCAGUGGUGAAAAUGGCGUCAUUACGUCACCUGGAUAUCCAACGAAAUAUCUAACAAGAAUUUAUUGUGAAUGGAGAAUUACGGUUCCUAAAGGUCGUCGAGUUAAAGUUGACAUUCUUGACGUUGAUUUCCUCACUACUUUGUACACGCAACGAUUAUCAAUUUACAAAGACUUCAAAUACUUCAGUCCCGUUAAUGUUAAUUCGACACUAAGUGGACCUAUUCUGUCUUCAGAUAAUCGGUUGAUGAUCUCAUAUCGAGUUCGUACACCAUCAGGAAAUCGUGGAUUUAAAUUGGAGUUUUCAAGUGAUGAAAAAACUAUUUGUGAAGGUGAUUUGAAUCAAUCGGAAGGUGAAAUUUUCUCAUUAGCACCAUUAAAUCUGACUUCAUAUAAUUGCUUAUACAGUCGUGAUCCCACACCAAUUUAUAGUAAUUCUCUCAACAAAGGAACUUUAGCUUAUUAUUUCAAAGAUAUUAAAAUUGAUUCCCGAAGAGGGAAGACUUACGGCUGUAGAUAUGUUAAUACAGUGAUUAAUGUUAUGCGUCGUUCAGGCGUCAAUGAUGAAGAAAAGUAUUUGGCGAGAUUAUGUGGAAAUGCAACAACUGAAGAAACUGUUCUGUCACCAUUCCCAGAUGUCGAUAUUGAAAUCAGCAAAUCUAGUAGCAAUGGUGACAUAGAUUUUACAAUGAAAUAUAAAACUCAUAAAUGUGGAGGGAUAAUUAAUGAUGAUGGAAUUAACUCAAUCAGAAAUGUUCCAUCAGACGCUUCUACAGAAAAAGUUUUUGAUUGCGCAUGGUUUGUUAAAUAUCAGGAAGGUCUCAGCAUUUCAAUGAAAUUCACCAAGCUUAAUAUGAAACUUUCAUGUGAUCAGGAAUAUAUAGAAAUUCAUAAUGGACCAAGCACUUCAAGUCCAUCACUUGGAAAAUUCUGUGGUACGGAAUAUUCAAAAAAUCCGAUCGUGUCUCAAGCCAACAAAGUUUUUAUUGUUUAUCACACUCAGAAUUUCAUUGACAGCAGUAAAGAUUCGGUGUUUGAAAUAGAACUUAUGUCAAUCUCACAAGGUUGUGGUGGUGUAUUAUUAAAGAAGAAUUAUGAAUUUAAGACACCACCGCUUGACAAAAUGUAUCUUCCAAACACAGAAUGCAUUUGGGAGAUUCAAACUUCUGAGGGAUAUCACAUCGGUCUAACAUUCCAAGACAGAUUUUUCAUUGAAGACUCACCAAACUGUACAAAAGAUUAUGUUGAAAUACAUGAUUUUGUGAACAAUGAUUGGCAAGUUCUUGGCAGAAAAUGUGGUCGUGAAUUGCCUCAGCCCUUCAAUUCCACAUCCAAUAAGAUGAGAGUAAUUUUCCGUUCUGAUAGUUCAACUCAAGGUGAUGGAUUUAGUGCAAUUUGGAAUGAGAAUUGCGGUGGUAUUAUUGAAGUUGAUUCUAAGACUAAAAUACUAUCAAGUCCAGGUUUUCCAGGACUCUAUGGUUCAUUAUUGACGUGUAAUUACACUUUUGUCAGCACGGUCCCAAAGAAAUUCAUUAAUCUAAACUUCCUUGAAUUUGAUGUUGAAACGACUGGAACUAAAUGUUUAUAUGACAAUGUAACGAUUUAUAAGUAUCCCGACUACAUCUACGGCACACCGGUUCCUGAAAAAGUUGGCACAUAUUGCGGAAUUGUUAAUCCAGGAAAGUUCAGACAUCGUGAUGUUUCUAUGGUGAUUUUAAGAACUGAUCGAUGGAUUAAUCGUAAAGGUUUUAGCUUAGAGUAUAAAAUCGAUGAUUGUGGUGGAAUCGUCACUAACACGUCAAUGAUAAAAUCUCCUGACUUCAAAGAAAUUAUAGUUGAAGGCUAUUAUCCGGGUAACAUGCAUUGUGAUUGGAAUAUCACAGCACCAGCUGGUAAAAAGAUUGUCAUAAAGUUUGAACAGUUUCUUGCUGAGUAUUCUGAUUAUUGUUCACAUGAUUAUGUUGAAAUUUUCAAUGGUAGUUUAAUUGAUGAAAAGCUUAGAUUAGCAAAACUUUGUGGAAAUUUAUCAUACACAAUCCAACCAAUUUCUAUCAAUAAUAAUUUUGCAAUAAUUCGAUUGACAAGCCAACAAAUGUCAACAUAUUUAGGAUUCUCAGCAGCGGUCAUGUUCGUUCCAAAAUGCGAUCAAAAAAUAGUGUUGAGUUUAGAAAAUCCAUCAUAUGUUCUUGAUAAAGACAAUCAAAUCUAUUCAGAUGUUAUGGAGUGCAUUUAUGAAAUAUCUGGCGAUCCUUUGAGCUCGAUAAAUGUUGAAUUCAACAGUCUUCACUUAUCGGAAUGUGCACCGGAACGAAGUCUUUACAAUUGUAGUUGUGAUUAUAUUGAAAUUAUUGAUGGAAAAGGACCGUUUGGUGAUGUUAUCGGCAGAUAUUGUGGAUCUGAUUUGCCACAUCAUGAUAUAGUAUCAACAAAAUCAUCAAUUUACAUUCGAUUUGUAACCGAUUCAUCUCGUCCUAGCACGGGAUUUAAGCUUACCCUAACAAUGAUAAUGUCACCAUGCGGUUCAAGUCCUUACAACAAUUUUACUGGCAAUGGAACUGAUGAUAUGUACGUGACUUCACCGGUUGUGCCGGGCACUAAUAAAUAUCCACCAAACUUGCGUUGUAUGUGGGUGGCAGAAGCCCCUUAUGGAUAUAGAUUCGAAAUCAUAUUUGAAAAGUUUGACAUUGAAGACUCUCCAAUGUGUGCGAAUGAUACCUUAAAGAUUGAAGACAGCGACAUCACUAAUGCAAUUUCAGAGGGACUUGGCGAUUCGACAAUCUUCCAUGGCAAAAACUAUAAAUCUUUUAACCCCUCUUUCUAUACAGGAACCACUGCCCCGACAGCAGCCCACCUGUAUUGUGGAUCUUCUUUACCUCAAGAAUAUAUAUCACAAAGUAGAAGAAUUCAUAUUUAUUUUAUAACGAACUCAGAGAAAGAGUACAGUGGCUUUAAUUUCACGAUUAAAACUAUUAAAAAUUGCCACAAAAAUUAUACAGCAUUGCAAGGACGAAUGGUUGCAACUGAACGUAUCGAGAGUUGUAAAAACUUCAUCAAAGUACCUCAAAAUUACACAAUUUCUUUGUAUUUUAAUCGUUUUUAUUUAGCUGAAAUUGAUUGUACAAAGUCGUUCCUGAAGAUCUAUGACGGUGAUUUUGAAAAUGGUGUUUUAUUAAAAACUUUUUGUGGAUAUUCAGUACCAGAUCCAAUAUUUUCAAGAACAAAUCAACUUUCAUUUGUAUAUCAUAUUCAAAAGGAUGAGAAUUCAAAUUACUAUGGAAAUUAUGACAUGAUGUAUUUAGCAACCGAUAAAGGUCGUGGAUGUGGUGGGGAAGUUUAUAAUUACGGUGGUGUUUUCACAAGUCCUUUGUAUCCAAGCAAUAAUCGAACCGUUUAUGAUUGUACAUGGUCAAUCACUGUUCCACAAAAUCUCAAAGUUGCCAUAAGAUUUUCUGUGUUUGAUAUGGGAUCAAAAUUGAUGUGUGAAAGUGAUUACGUAGAAAUCUUGGAAGAGUAUGGCAUUGGAGAAAUGACGUCAAUAAAGCAAUAUUGCGGUGGAGAUAACCCAGCUGUUUAUGUGAGCGAAAAAAGCAAACUUUUAGUUCAUCACGUACAGACACUAAACUUUGCUGGAACAGGUUGGACUUUAAAUUUCAUGGGAGUUCAUGAAGGUGCCGAACCUCAAAAUUGGUAGACUCAGCAUUCGACUGAAGAAAAAACAGAAAUAUGAUAUGAAACAUCAUAAAAAAGUCAUUAAAAAUAUUUACAUAUUUCCUAAUAUCUUACUUUUUAAGGAAUUAUUCCUCAAUGACGAUUUAUUUAUGAAGAGAGCUUUUCAAAUAUGUAUAAACUUUGAUGUUGUCUGUAAACAUUUUCAUUAAUAAAAGCAACAACAUUAAAAAGGCGAAAAGAAUUAACUUGUAUUCUCAUGAAACUGCA